AUGCUGGCAGGAAGGGCUUGCACGGGGGCCGGGAGCCAUGGCCCCCGAGUGACCCCAACGCCUUCGGGUUGGCAAGCGCCAGGGGUUUCAAUCGCGCACGCGCUUCGCGGGCGUCCUGCGACGUCGGCGGCCUCCCCGAUCAGGUUGGGCGCUGCGAUACGAGCUGCGAAAACUAUCUCCGCCCGUGCCCAGCGCCAGGAUUUAGAGAGGGCGCCCAGCACGGGAUUAGCGGAGGACUUGUGGGAACCCGGUGACAGUGGUUUCGGCCGGCCGAACGGGGUUUCCGCCUUCGACUAUGUGAAGUACGUGGCCCUUGCUGUGUCCUUCACGGCGGCCGCGUACACCUUCCACCCGCAGCUGGUGGCCUUCUCCAACGACAUUCAAGAGACAUAUCUCACGGGGGACCUGCUGGUGUCCGGCUCGCGCCUGUUCAGCUUCCUGUCGCUCGUGUUUUCCAUCCUCGUGGGCAGCACCUUCAAGUAUCAAUACGGGAGACAACAGGCGUGCCUCAGCGCUUUGUAUGAUGAGGUGCUCGCGUUGGAGAUCUUUUGGAGGCAAAUUGAAGAUAAGGCACCAGGCAUAUCGCAAGGUGUGGCGCAGAAGAUGAGGGCCUACAUCAAUGGGGAACUCUGCGCCACAACUGGAAACAACUCUCCUUUUCGUCCAGAUUCGCCCAUAAUUGGUAUUGUGGCAUUGUUGUCGACACUGCCAAAAGACCCUGCUUCUGAACUGAGGCAGGGCCUCAACAAUCUCUCUGUGGCACACACAAAAAGAGCAGCUGCCGCAGUGGCAGUUUUGCCACUGAUGCAUUGGGUGAUGCUGUGGGCCCUAGUCCUCACCUUUCUGGGGUCUUACCUCAUCUUCGAGACGCCUGAGUCUGUGGUCCCUGGGGACAUGGUGAGCAGCCAGCGCCUGAUCUUCGCCCUGCUUUCUGGCUUGAGCUCCUCCAUCGUUUUGAUCGUUCAGGACCUGUCCAAGCCCGUGGAAGGCACAUACUCCCUUGUGCGGCCGCUUGGGCAGAGACUGAAGUAUCUGAGGGACGAACUGUUGUCACACUGA